AUGUACAACGGCAUUGGGCUGCAGACGGCGCGCGGCAGUGGCACGAAUGGCUACAUCCAGCGAAACCUAUCGCACGUCAAGCCGCGUGACGCACCGCGGCCUCAAACAGAGGAAAAGGUGCGCCACGUUGAACCCGACGAAAAAAUUCUCGAGCACGACCGCAAACGGAAAGUGGAAAUCAAGUGCAUCGAGCUCCAGGACGAGCUCGAGGAACAAGGGCUCCCGGACGACCAAAUUGAAGAGCGCGUGAGUGCGCUGCGCAAGGAGCUUCAGGCGCGAAACACGUACGCACGCCCGUCGCACCAAGAGGCCAAAAACUUGCGCCCGUCGGAUACCCACGCGCUCGGCGCGGCCAAGCGCGCCGAGACGGCCAAGAUGGAGCGCGCACUCCGCAUCCACUCGGACUACCAGGAGGGCGAGUCAUUCCAGCCCGAAUUCCAGGAGCGCCGCAAGCUCGAGCGUAUCGAGGCGCGCGAACGCCGCCAAGAAGAGUCGCGCCGCCGCUGGGAAGAGCGGCGCGAGGAGCGCGACUCGUGGCGCGAUGAGCACGGCUGGCGCCGCGAGAAAGAGCGCGACGAGCCGCCGCGGGACAGCGGAUGGCGUCGCGAGCGCCGCGAGGACGUGCCGCGCGCCGACGACCGCGCCGCGUCGCCGCCACGCCACGCGCCGCCGCGCUCGCCCGGCGCCUUUUCCUCCACACGCUCCGCCACCCCGCCGUCGCCGCCGCGGCGCUAG